AUGUCGACCCAGAAGGGUAUCUUACCCCCUCCACCGGGGGUAGAGCCCAAUUUUAUCAACUCCCGGAACCAGCUUCAAGGCUGCAUCCCUUUCAUAACGUUUUACUUGACCUUUAACUCCAUGGCUCUGGUGAUGCGACUCUAUACACGACGAGUUAUCAUACGAGCUUCGCUUGCGAUCGAUGACUCUACCGUCGUGCCUUGGGAGUCGGACGUCACGUCUGGGAUAUCCCACGUAGCGCAGCUGCAGAGAUCACGAAACUUCAUUUCAUAUAUCCUCUGUCUAGCGUUUUCCAAACUCACCAUCCUCUGCUUCUACUACCGCCUCUUCUCCUCCCGGGCCAGCUUAAAAGUCCUAAUUAUCAUCGGCAUCGUUUUUGAAGCAAGUGGAACCCUUGCCUUGGUGGCUGUCGCUCACUACACCUUCACACCAUUUGAGAAAUUCGGGGAUCCGGCAGUCAAGCCAAACAUCCCGCGAAUAGUCCCCAUUUUCUUCUCAGGGCUACUCGCCAUGACCACAGAUAUAUACGUCCUUGUACUACCCAUACCAUCGGUAUUAAGAUUGAAGGUACCUCCACUGCAGAAGUUGAAAGCUCUAGCCAUCAUUGUUCUAGGAGCUAGUGCAUGCACCGCAAGCAUCAUACGUGUCGUUCAUACCGCGAAAAUGAAAGAUCCUAACGUAUUAUGGAAUGUAAAAUUCGUUGGAGGCGUGGGAUAUUGGGCUAGCGCGGUCGAAUGUGACCAUGCCCUCCUUUGCUCGUGUCUCCUCGUCCUCCCUGUCUUUAUACAGCACCACUGGCCCAAAAUGAGAUCACUUUUAGGUAGGCUCCGGGGCAAAAAAGGUGACUCCAGCGUAGAGGGUUCUCCCUUACCGCGCACGCGCUCCUGGCCGGCCCAGGAUCAGUGGAAUGUUAAUAAACUGGUCGACAUCUAUAUCUUUGAGGAGAUUAGACACUUGGAAAAUCUGCCAAAGACGCAUAUUGCGAUACAUCCUAACCGCCAGUUGUCUUCGGCUGAUAUAGAGCAGGGAGAGCAAUGUGAAUAUCGAUAG